GCGCUGGAUCCGAGCGAGAAAAUAAAUGGCUGUCAAAAUGUUUUCUCCUCUGUAGCAUUUUGCCUAAGAUGGAAAAUAGGCUUAAAUAGUUCAAAAAUGUUGUGAAGUAGUGAAAUUAAGUGUAUUUAUCUGUUCAUCAAUCACUCAGACACACAUCAGGGGCGGAAUGCAGGACGUAAAGCUGAAAGGUGCAAUAGGUGGACAGGAGUUGAGGCGGAUGCUGUCGGGUGGCGAGAAGAGUCUCCUGCUGCAGAGUCCGAGUGGCGGGGAGCCGCUGGUGUACACGUGGCCUCUGCAAAUUGGCUCAGGAUCGGACAAGCACGAUUGUGGGAUUGACAUCAUCGAGACGAUCCGGUGGGUCUUCGAGGACAUCACGCAGUCCAAGGCGGCCCACGAGAGGAUCAACUUCGCCGAGGUGAAGACGACGUGCUAUGACUCCAUGACGAAACUGUGCGAGACGUACAAUCAGAUGAUCGGGCGGAUAAUCAGUGAGGAGAAGCUGGCCGGGACGUUCGAGCAGAGACUGAACAAGACACCAACGAAGGGGCUGCUGAAGCACAUCCUGCAGCAGGUGUACAAUGGCUCGGUGGAGGAUCCGGACAAGCUGAAUCAGUACGAGCCCUUCUCGCCGGAAGUGUACGGCGAGACGUCGUACGAUCUCGUGUGCCAGAUGAUCGACCAGAUCGACAUCUCGCCGGAGGACGUGUUCAUCGACCUGGGCUCGGGCGUGGGCCAGGUGGUGCUGCAGAUGGCCGCGGCCACGCACACGAAGAUCUGCCUGGGCAUCGAGCGGGCGGAGUUCCCGACGCGCUACGCCGAGAGCAUGGAUUACAACUUCAAGCUGUGGAUGCGAUGGUUCGGCAAGCGCUAUGGCGAGUAUCGGCUGAUCAAGGGUGACUUCCUGGCCGACGAGCAUCGCGAGAUGAUCAACUCGGCGACUGUGGUGUUUGUCAACAACUUCGCGUUCGGGCCUCACGUGGAUCAUCAGCUGAAGGAGCGAUUUGCCGACUUGAAGGACGGCGCACGGAUUGUUUCCUCGAAGAGCUUCUGUCCCAUCAACUUCCGCAUCACGGACAGGAAUCUGUCGGACAUCGGCACGAUUAUGCACGUGACUGAGAUGUCGCCGCUGCGAGGCAGUGUCUCGUGGACGGGAAAGCCCGUGUCGUACUAUCUGCACGUGAUUGAUCGCACGAAGCUGGAGAAGUACUUCCAGCGACUGAAGAAUCAGAAGACGACAGACACGGACUACGGCUUUCCGGCCGUGGGCGGAACGCGCACCAGCGCGCGUGACAAGGGCAAGAGGAACACGUCGAAGAUGCUGUAUGACUCGUCGUCAGACACAGACGCCGAAGUCACGGGCCCGACGACACGACGUGCGUGGAGUGACUGGUGCAGUUCGAAGGACAAGAGUAGUCAAUCGGAGGAGGAUAGCUACAAUUCCAGCUCACGCGGAGCGCCACAGAAGAAGCCACAGUCGCAGCAGCCGAAGAAGAGCAAGAAGAUUGUGCGGAAGAAGAAUGUGGCCAGCAGCAGCAGUUUGGAUACGCAAGCGAAGAAGCGUGGGCGCAUCCGGAAGGGGAAGCAGCGCAAGAAUCUGAAGAUUGUGGGCUUGGAUUUGCUGCACAGCAAGACACUGCUCAGCACGUCUGUCGAGGUGUUGGGGAAGAAGCUGCCGCCGGCGCCGGGGUGUGUUGAUCAGCAGCUGACGUCGCUGACUGGGAACAUGGAGCACAGCGAGCUGGAGAUCCCAACGGCGCCCGGAGAGACGCCAUAUGCGCUGCAGAUCUUACUGGACAUGUUCAGGAAUCAGUUCAUGCAAACGCUGGAGCAGAUGAGGACGCCCAGCUACAAGGAGAACAUCACGCAGCAGAUCGAGCGGGAGCGCGAGCGGAACAAGAAGCUGCUGAACAGGGCGAACCAGCUGGAGAAGCAGAUUCGGGUGCUGAUUGACGACAGUGUGGCGCUGCUGAAGGCGCGAAUGAAGGAGUUGGGCAUCAGCUCGUCCAGCCAGAAUGAUCUGCUGUCCAAGGCGAAGGAGAUUGUGGGGCGGCACAAGGAGCUGCAGGCCACGGCGACGCGUCUGCAGAAUCAGGUGAGCAGCAUUGAGAUGGAGCAGAAGAUGCUGGUGAUGGGGCGCGUGCGAAAGCUGGCGGAGAGUCACUACAAGACGGAGAUCAAGGAGAGUGACUUGACGCGCACGGUGAGCUAUGAUCUCGUGCUGAAGGAGAUCGACAACACGUUCGCGCAGCGCAAGCGGAUCUACAGUCAGGUGUCGACGAUGGAGGCGGAGAUCAGGCGACUGGAGAAGAGCAUGAGGCAGAAUAAGGAGUUGAUGUGUCAGAAUCCCACCAUGUUGUAUGUGCCAAAUCCCGAGGCGGCUGGCCAGCAGCCGGCCAAGGCGCAGGCACGCGCGCGCGCCAAUCGCAUGCGCAUGCACGAGUGGCCAGAUGUGCCGGAUGUGGGGAAGAUUGACGAGAAGAAUCCUGAGCUUCUGGCACAGAAGAUUCUCGCCACGGGUAGGAAGAUUGAGGCGGGCAAGUUGAGCACCGGCGCCAAAGGGCAGAAGCCGCCGAAGGACAAGCAGCAGAAGGGAAAAUUGGGCGACAGUGAAUUGAUGCCGGCGCCAGUGUAUGCCAAACCGACGCCGUCACCACAGAAGCCAGCCGCCGCCACUGCCAUUCCCACGCUGAAGAUCCACGAGUCGCCGAAGGUGGUGAACUUCGAGGAUCGCCUGAAGAGCAUCAUCACGUCGGUGCUGAAUGAGGAUCAGGAGCUGAGGCGAUCGCAGCAGAUGGCGCAGCAGGUGGCUGCGCAGCCCAAGAUGCCCGCCACGUCCAGUAGUGUCAUCCUCACGGCGCAGGAGCCGGAGAUGCCGCAGGCGUCCUCCUCCUCGCACGAUGUCAUCCCAGUGGCGGACUUGAUUCAGGAGUCGGGCAAAUUCACGGCCUUUCAGGGGCAGCAGAUGAGGAAGACGGCCGCGGAGUCCUUCUCAACGGCCUAUCAGGUGUAUCUGAGUCAGCAGCAGCAGCAGCAGCAGCAUCACCAGCAACACCAGCACCAGCACGAGUCCGCGAUGGAAUCUGGGCGCUUCGAUGAGCGAAUGACGCCUGAGCAGAUGGCUCAGUUGGAUCCGUCAAAGAUGCGCGCCAGCUUCUCGCCGGGCAUGAGAAUGCCUCAGCACCAUCGCGGCGCUGUCUAUCCUGCCAUGCAGCCGGACUACACGCAAGUGUCGCCGGCGAAGAUCGCCCUGCGCCGGCAUCUGAAUCAGGAGCGCUCGGCGCAGCAGUCGCCGGUGAAUCUCCAUCGGGCGACGAAGACGAUUGGGGACCUGGUGAAUGGGGAGAUCGAGAGGACGCUGGAGAUCUCCAAUCAGUGCAUCAUCAAUGCUGCUGUGAAUAUGAGUGGGAUUACGACGGAGCAGGAGGCGCACCUGAAGGAGCGUCAGGUGGCGACGAAGAAGGACUUUGGCCAGAGGAAGCUGACCUACAGCACUGCCGAGGUGUCGAGUGGUGGCCAGGCUGGUGAUCAUGCGGCUGUCGUCCAUCCGCCGCUUGAGGGUCUGGCGGCGUCACUCCAGGCGCGCGUGAUUGCGUCGCUGCAGAUCAAGCAGGAGAGUGAUCAUGUGCAACAUCCGGCGCCAGUGAGAGAUCUGCACGAUGUGCAUCCGAUGGAUCUGCAGCCCAUUCAGAUCAAGCAGGAGGACGUGAAGCAGGACUCGAUGGCGUUCUUCCAGGGACAGGGAAGGAGCAUUGGCGAUCAGGCGCCGCCGUACAUCAAUUGCGACCGACAAUCGGCUUCGCUGGACUCCACAAUCAGUCCGGACACGAAUUAUGGGCCGAUGGAUGAGAAGCAGAACAGGCGCAGGCAGGAUGAGGAGUAUCUCGACGAUGAGAGUCAUUGGCAAGAUCGUGUUCGGUGUGGAUUUGAUAAAUUGGUGGCUUUCGCCUCGAUAGAGCUGGACAAGACGCGCCGAUCCAUUGAGGAGGCUUCUCUGCCCAGCAGCAAGGACGCUUCGCCGCACUAUGGAGACGCUAAGAGUCACCAUGCGCCACAAAUGGCGCCCGUUCAGGCGUCCUCGACAUCUUCGCUGUCCGUGACGACGACAGAAUCCGUGGCCACGUGCGACAUCUCGCCGAACUUCACGGAAGAGAUGCUGCCGCACACGCCCAGUCCCAGUCUCACGCCGCCGCCGCACAGUGGACUGCAGCAGCAGCUGAACAUCCCGCUCAAGUAUCAGCGGCAGUCGCGCACGGAGAAGCACUACAAGAAGAAGUUCCGCGAGCGCAAGUGGGAAUUCGGGAUUGAGGGCGAUGCCGCGGUGCAGGGUGAGGACGCGAGCUCGUCCAAGCAGCACAAGUCCAAAUUCAGGCCGAAGGGGAAGGAUUGGCACUGGGCGGCGGAGGCGGGUGGCCCCAGUGGCGCUCCGGACAACUGAAGGAGAGGAAGGAAGGCGCUUAGUAGACCAUUUGGAGAACACUCGUUGUCACGUUGUCAUAUGUAGAUUAAGACUUACAAUUACACCCUUCAUGGAUAAUACACUACUUAUGUAACACUGCCGAUGUAGCAAAUAGAAGAAUAAUAAAAGAAAUUUCCUCAUUA